GGAAGUGCAUUGUUUUAGAUGCAUUUGUUGAAUACAAAGAAAUAAUAAAAGUAAACAAUAAAAAAUAAGUUAAAUAAUUACAAUGAAAUUUGCUAUAAGUUAUGCAUUUGUAAUUUUGUGGUUGGCAUACUUAAUUGCAUCUGGAGUAUAUCUAUUUUCUCGAGGGUUUCUUUUGUCUCGCGUUUCGAAAACGGAUGUGAGCAGUUGCCGGCAUUUGUCAUUAGAUCAAAAUGACGAUUACUAUAUUACUGAGGAGGUUGUCCAAGAAAUAUUUAAAGAUGUAAAUGCAUCAGCCAAUUUGUGCCUGCCUCAAAAAUCAAAAGUUAUAAUUUUGCUUAUUGACGCAUUAAAAUAUGAGUUUGGUAUUUAUAAAGAGAAUCUCUCUCAACCGUUGCCAUAUGAAAAUAAAUUAAGUGUAAUUCAUGAACUUUUGGAACACAUGCCGGAUCAAGCCCGUGUUAUGCGUUUCAAAGCUGAUCCGCCCACAACUACACUGCAACGGCUUAAGGGUUUAACAACUGGCAGUUUACCCACAUUUGUUGAUAUGGGAUCUAACUUUGCUUCGCCUGAAAUAAAUGAGGACAAUAUUAUUGAUCAAAUGGUCAAAAGUCAUUUACCUAUAGUAUUUUUAGGUGAUAGUACGUGGGCUGAUUUAUAUCCUCGGCGUUUUAAACGAUCUUAUGCGUAUCCCAGUUUUGACAUAUUCGAUCUUGAUACUGUCGAUCGUAAAAUAGAGAAGCAUUUGCCUAAAGAAAUGCAAAAGAAAGACUGGCAAGUAUUAAUUGCUCAUUUUUUGGGAGUCGACCACUGUGGCCACAAAUAUGGACCACUUCAUGAGGAGAUGUCACGUAAACUUAGUGAAAUGAAUGAUGUCAUCAGAAAUGUUGUCGCUGAAAUGGACGAUAAAACAACUUUAUUCGUAAUGGGUGAUCAUGGCAUGACUGCUUCUGGUGACCACGGUGGAGACACAGAUGACGAAACCAACGCUCUUCUAUUUGCCUACACCAAACAAGCAAACUUUUUCAAAAAUGAAUUUAAUUCUGACAACACGUCACUGCAGCAGAUCGAUCUUGUACCAACUCUUGCCACCAUUCUCGGAAUACCCAUACCAUACUCCAAUUUAGGCUUAAUAAACUUUAAUCUUGUUCCUGAUAUACCCAUUCCGCACUUGAGUAAAAUUCAAACUCUAAUUUUACACGCCUGGCAAAAUGCGCAACAGAUUUACAAGUACUUUUUCAAUUACGCUUUAGAAAAUAAACGAACCUUUAAUGUGGACAAAAUGGAUAGCUUGGAAACUGAAUUUAUACUGUUAACACAUCGGGUGAAAACAAUUUACAAUGAAGUUGCUUUUAAAUCAUUCAUUGGAGAUUUAAAUAUAAACCUGAGACUAAUACUGAGUACUUGUCGCGAGAUAUGGGUUAAGUUUGAUGCUACGCAAAUGUCGCACGGUUUACUUGCUACCUUUUUGCCAAUAUUUUUCUCCUUCAUACUGAUCAACAAUACCCGAUCCAUAGAUUUUUAUAAAAUCUUCCAACUGAAGGAGGUGGGCUAUACGUAUCUUUUGAAUAUUGCGGCAGGAGUAUUUGGCUAUCGCUACUAUAAGAACUUUACUUUCAAAACGGAAGAACAUGCAAUAAUAUUUUUCACCAGCAUAAUUAGUACAUUAAUUUUGGUAUACCACACAAUACAGAAUUGGGCCACAAUUGCAAAUAAUUGGUCAAAAGUGAAGCGGUUUGGUAAUUUGCCAACGCGUUUGAUCCUGAUCAUAUUGAUUUGUGUAUUUUUCUCUAACAGUUUCAUAAUUCAAGAAGGCAAAAUCUUGUCUUAUUUACUGGUAGCUGUCAUUUUCCUAAUGGUUUACGAACUUUUACAAAAAAGCGUCCGAAUGGAUUUUCGGAAUAAAUUUAAAUUUCAACAAUUUGUGAAGUCCGCCGCAUUUAAGCUGUUUGUGGCCAGUUUCUUAGCUAUUGCAUUAAUACGAUUUGCAACUUCUCUGUUCCGUUGUCGCGAGGAACAAGGCAACUGCGCAGACUUUACUAACAAUGGCAAUUCGGGUGGAUUUUCACUAAAGAAGCCCUCCAGCGCUAAAACAUAUAUACUUGCAGUUGUAAUAAUUGUUUUAUACUCGACACUUAGUCGAAUAUAUCUUCGUUCUUGUGGAAAUUUGACGGGAAAUUGCGUAAAUGUUUUGGUGGCUCGUUAUGGUCCAACCAUAGCGAGUAUUUGUGCAGGCGGCCAUAUUCUUCUGUCGAACAGUGCUAUUAAGAAUAUACAAAGAACUCAUAUUGAUGCAAUGGCGGUAGUAAUUUAUACUCUUUUGGUUUUUCAAAUCAUCAUAGUUACCGUGUCACCAUUAAUGGUGUAUGUAUUGCCACCUAAAAAUGCCUCCACGAUCUCUGUAAAUCGCACAGACAGUGUGAUACCAGAAAUUUUCAAAAAAAUUAAGCGCAUGUACGAAGACGAUGAUGAAGAACGGCGCAAUGAAAUUCCUGUCGUUUAUGGAUUAGCAACAAUAUACUCAUCAGUUAUUAUAUCAUUUGGAACAUUCUUAGCUAUGGUUUUAAUAGUACUAUUGGAGCCACGAUCAUCCAUGGGUGUUGUUGUUUGUAUAGCUGUAGGUGCUAUUAUACUCUUACUUCAUGCUAUUUUGCGUUACAGGACUGCAACAAGUUUUGAAACUUGUAUACAGCCAACAUUCACUGCCGUGGUUGCAUGGUUUUUAUUGGCUCAUUUCUGCUUUUUCGCUACUUCGCACCAAACGACACUAUCGCAAAUAGAUUGGCGUGCAGCAUUUGUUGGCCGAACUACCAACAUUGGACACUCAAACUUUAUAUCGGCAAUAUUAGUAAUACUCAAUACGUUCUGUGGCCACGUUCUGUUCUUUUGCAUGUACGGCUUAUUGUCUACUGAGACCUUUUCUGUUUUUGCUCUUUUUCCCAAUCUUAUAAAAACUAAUUAUAACCGUGAACAACGCAAAACGGAGGUUUCUGGCUUGGCGCGACCAUCCAAUGUAUCUGCAUCAAUAAAUGAUCGAUCGCUUAGUGAUAUAUCGAAUGAAUGUGUUGGAUUUGACAUGACUCGAGGAGAAUUGGUAUUGUUCGAGCAGGAGGCUGUAUUUAUCGGCACCGCUUUUAAAUUGGCUAUUCAAUUUUAUAUUUUGCAAGGAAUAAAGGUCUUUUGUUCCAUGCUAGCGUGUACCAUACAUUGUCGUCAUUUAAUGGUUUGGAAAAUAUUUGCUCCGCGUUUCAUAUACGAGGGCAUUGCAACGUUCGUUAGUAUGCCUGCCAUUAUUGUAGGAUUUUUACUUAUUGUUCGCAUUCAUAAAGCAGUAGACACUUUAAUUGUUAAAAUCAACAAAAUUAAAUAAAUUAAUUGUAAUUUCUUAGACAAAACUAGUCCAUUUAAUUGUAUUAAACAAAUUGUAUUUAUUUACAAAGACUUUACAUAUUUAUGUUAGUUUUGUAAUGUUUAUUUCUUUUUAUUUUAUAUGUAAUAUUAAAUUGAAAUAAAGAUUUUAUUACCAAAUUAAA